AUGGUUGUUGACACCACUUACUAUGACCUUUUGCAGGUUGAUCCGACGGCAAAUGACCUGGAGAUCAAGAAAAGCUACCGUAAGCUGGCCAUUAAGUACCAUCCGGACAAGAAUCAGGGCGAUGAGGAGGCUGCAGAGAUCUUUAAGAAGGUCAGUCAGGCGUACCAAAUAUUAAGCGACAAGCAACUUCGGCAGAAAUACGACCAAAAUGGACUGAAGGAAGUUUCUGACAGCAGCGAGAUGGCUGACCCGGAGCAAUUCUUUGACCAGAUCUUUGGUGGCGAGGCGUUUCUGGACUAUAUUGGAGAAUUGACCCUAUUCAAGAACCUUUCCAAACAAUACGAGUUGGAAGCUGAGGAGGAGGCUCGUCAGCAGGGUGCUGCUCCAGGGACAUUGAAGCUUGACGAUGGCAAGUAUGCUGAUCUGAGUGAGGAGGAGAAGACCAAGUUGAUCAAGAAGGAACAGGACAGAGUGAAGAAAGAAGAGCAAGACAAGCUUGACGAGGAGAGUCGGCAGCGCAGGGCCGAAAUCAAGGAAGAGCUUGUGAAGAAACUUGUUUCGAAGCUCUCGCUGUACACGGAGACUGACAAAUCGAGCGACAUUGUUGAGUCUUUCAAGGGCAAGUUCCGGUUGGAGGCCGAAAACCUCAAGAUGGAGUCGUUUGGGCUGGAGAUUUUGCACACGAUCGGGUCGAUUUACAUUGUCAAGGCCAACAUCUUUCUGAAAUCGCACAAGUCGUUUUUGGGAUUGGGUGGAUGGAUGGGCUCUUUGAAAGAAAAGGGUGGAAUCAUUAAGGACACUUUUAGAACCAUCAGCAGUGCUUUGGAGGCCCAGAGCACGAUGCAGGAACUGGCCAAGAUGACCGAGAAGCGCGAACAGAUGCAGAAGGCGGAACAGGAUACCACGGAGCAGGAGGAAGCGCCCGCUGAUAAGAAGGAUGACAAGAAGGAGACCCCCAAUGAGGAAAUACCUUCCGAGGAAGCGGUGGCAGAGAUGGAAAAAUUGCUCAUAGGCAAGAUCAUUGCUGCCGCAUGGAAAGGUUCCCAGAUGGAGAUUUCGUCCACCAUUCGCGAUGUUGUGGAUUCCGUUCUGUACGACAAGUCGAUCGACGUUUCCAAAGCCGUGGAGCGUGCAGAGGCUCUUAUAAUGAUUGGAGAGAUCUUCAAGACUGCAGAACGAUCCAAGUGGGAGGCGGAAGAAGCCCGUAUUUUCGAGGAGCUGGUUGCAGAGGCUACUCAAAAACGGUCUAAAUAA